UAUGAAAUAUUGUUAUUUCAGUAUUAAGAAAUAGGUUCAGAUUCAAUAAUUUAUAUUUACGAAUUUUAUAACAUAGACACUUGUCUAUUUUUCAAGGAAAAUGUUGAAAAUAACAACAGAUAAAGAGAAUCCGCCUGUAGUUUUGUUCCUGUUAUCAGAGCAUGCGGAAAAUGUCAAAAUUGAGUUUAUUUCGGGCAAAGAAACUUCCCACAACAUAUCAAAUGACAUCAAACUGACUGGUGAUGCCUCAAUUUCUCGUUAUGUUGCUCGAUUAACGAAGAAUUCAUCAACAUCCUUAUAUGGUCAUUCAGUUCUUGAUGCUACAGAAAUAGACCACUGGGUGUCAUUUGCGAGCGUUCAUCUCAACGGAUCAAAGAAUCUCAAGAAUAUUCUCACUCAUUUGGAAUCUGCUCUUGCUUUGAGGACUUUCCUUGUUGGAGACUCAAUCUCACUGGCAGAUCUCGCUGUUUGGGGACAUCUGAGAAUGAGCAAAGAAUGGUCAAAAUUGUCUCAAAAUAAGAACAACAACAAGACAUUCCAAAACAUUAAUCGAUGGUAUAAUUUCUUGGCUUCAAAGCCAAAAUUCAAGGCUGUCAAUGGAAAACUUCCUUCACAGAAUGACGUUUCAUCAACCAAGCAAACUAAAGAUGAAGGCAAAUUCAUUGACUUACCAGGAGCUGAGAUAGGCAAGGUUGUUGUCAGAUUUCCUCCGGAAGCAAGCGGCUAUCUUCAUGUUGGUCAUGCUAAGGCUGCUCUGCUGAACCAACAUUAUCAGCUUGCAUUCAAAGGAAAACUGAUCAUGAGAUUUGAUGACACAAAUCCAGCAAAAGAAAAAGAAGAUUUUGAGAAGGUUAUAUUGGAUGAUGUAAAAAUGCUUGAUAUCAAACCGGACAUUUUCACAUUCACGUCGGAUAGUUUUGAAAAAAUCAAGUCGUACGCUGAACAACUUAUUAAAUCAGGGGAUGCUUAUGUGGAUGAUACAGAUGUCGAUACAAUGAGAGCUGAAAGAGAAUCAAGAACUGAAUCUAAACAUAGAAGUAACAGUGUCGCUAAAAAUCAACAAAUGUGGGAGGAGAUGGUCCAAGGUACUGAUUCUGGAAAAUUAUGCGUACUGCGUGCGAAGAUGAAUAUGGACUCUGAUAAUGGAUGCAUGAGAGAUCCGACCAUAUACAGAUGUAAACCAGAAAAACAUCCGAAAACUGGAAACAAGUACAAUGUCUACCCCACGUAUGACUUUGCAUGUCCUAUUGUGGACAGUUUGGAAGGAGUUACUCAUGCGUUACGUACGACAGAAUAUCACGACAGAGAUGAUCAAUUUUACUGGUUUAUUGAUAAAUUGGGAAUCAGGAAACCUUAUAUCUGGGAAUACAGUCGAUUGAAUCUUCAAAACACCGUUCUCAGUAAAAGGAAAUUGACGUACAUUGUGGAUAAUGGAUAUGUGGACGGAUGGGAUGACCCUCGAUUCCCAACAGUUCGUGGCGUUCUAAGAAGAGGAAUGACUGUAGAAGGAUUAAAAAGCUUCAUCGUUGCACAAGGGUCUUCCAAAUCUGUUUGUUACAAUGGAUGGGACAAAAUGGUCUUUCAAUAAAAAGUCAUUGACCCUAUUGCACCACGGUUCACUGCACUUGUGAAAGACACUGUUGUAGUUGUCAAUAUUUCUGAUGCGAAAGAAGUCAAAGCAGAAGCAGCGAAACAUCCCAAGAACCCAGACAUUGGUAAGAAGAUAGUCUGGUAUGGACCGCAAGUUUUGGUUGAAAGAGAGGACGCCGAUGCAUUUGAGGAGGGAACUGACGUUACUUUUAUUAACUGGGGAAACAUAAGAAUUCAGAAGAUCCAUAGAGACCAAAAAACUAAUCAGGUGACCAGUAUUGAUGCCAAGCUCAAUCUCGAGAACCGCGAUUACAGAAAAACUCAGAAAGUGACAUGGUUGACUGACUCCGAUGCUGCAGCUCCCAUCCCUGUUACUUGCGUACAUUUUGAACAUAUUAUUUCGAAACCUGUUCUGGGCAAAGAUGAUGAUUUCAAGAACUUCCUGAACACUGAUUCAAAGAAAGAAAUUCCCAUGCUUGGAGACCCAUCUUUAGCCGACCUCAAGGAAGGUGACAUCAUACAGCUGCAAAGGAAAGGAUUCUAUAGAUGUGACGUGGCUUAUGUAUCACCAAGUAUUCACACGUCAGUAUCGGCACCAUGUGUAUUAUUCCACAUACCGGAUGGACACACAAAAGAAAUGCCGACGUCCGGUGUCAAAGAUGCCAAGAAAUCUAAAGCCACUGGGGGUUCUUCAUCUAGCAGUGGGAAAGGCUCAAAAAAACAACAAGCAAAGCAAGAUUCAUCGUCAGGAGACAGUGCUGCGUCUUCUGAUUCUCCUGAAGCUCAGAAACUAUACGAGGAAGUUACGAAGCAAGGAUCUGUUGUCAGAGAUUUAAAAACAAAGAAAGCUGAAAAGUCUAAAGUAGACGAAGCUGUUAAAACACUUCUGGAUUUAAAAACAAAAUACAAAGCAGCAUCUGGAAAAGAUUACAAACCAACACCAGCUGGGGGUCAAACAAAAUCUGCUGACCCUAAAAAAUUAUCUAAAGUCGGGGAGGAAUUGUUUAAAAAAGUUGAAAAACAAGGAGAGGAAGUGAGGAAAUUGAAAUCUGCGAAAGCAUCAAAAGAUCAAAUCGACAGCGCUGUAAAACUACUUCUAAGUUUGAAAGCUGAUUAUAAAAAAGAAACCGGAAUUGAUUAUAAACCUGCUGCAUCCACUGCUCAACCUGCUAUGAAUAAGAAGCAAGAGGCACAAAAACCUGAACCAAUGGCAGAGACAGCAGAAUCUCAAGCAAUCGUCGAUAAGAUCACGUCACAAGGUGACAAAGUUCGUCAACUUAAAUCGAGCAAAGCAGCUAAGGGUGAAGUUGAUGCAGCUGUAAAAAUUCUUCUCGCUGCCAAAGCGGAAUAUAAGACACUCACAGGUCGAGAUUACAAACCUGCUGCUGGGGGAGGAGCUCGGGGUGACGGGAAGAAAAAAGAACAGAAAACUCCGCAAAAGAAAGAAGAAAAGAAACCAACAAAACAGGAACCAAAACAAGAUGAUGCUGAGAGCGGAGUCAAGAAACAAACAAGACUUGGUCUAGAAGCAACUAAAUCAGGCGAUCUCGCAGACUGGUAUUCUCAAGUCAUCACAAAAUCAGAGAUGAUUGAAUAUUAUGAUAUCAGUGGCUGCUACAUUCUACGUCCUUGGUCAUAUGGAAUAUGGGAGAGAAUUAAGCAUUUUUUCGACACUGAAAUCAAGAAGUUGGGAGUUGAAAAUUGUUAUUUUCCAAUAUUUGUUUCACAAGCUGCUUUGGAAAGAGAAAAGGAACAUAUCGCAGAUUUUGCUCCCGAGGUUGCCUGGGUAACAAAAUCUGGCCAAUCAGAACUCGCCGAGCCAAUCGCAAUUCGUCCUACCUCUGAGACUGUGAUGUAUCCGGCAUAUGCUCGAUGGGUACAGUCACACAGAGAUCUUCCUCUGAGAUAUAAUCAAUGGUGCAAUGUUGUGAGAUGGGAGUUUAAACAUCCACAACCAUUCUUAAGAACAAGAGAAUUCUUAUGGCAGGAGGGUCACAGUGCAUUCGCUACUAAACCAGAAGCUGAGGAAGAGGUUCUUCAGAUUCUUGAAUUAUACGCCCAAGUAUAUGAAGACUAUCUUGCGAUUCCUGUUGUGAAAGGAAGAAAAACAAACAAAGAGAAAUUCGCUGGAGGUGACUAUAACACAUGUGAAGCUUAUGUGUCAACUAAUGGAAGAGCUAUUCAGGGUGCUACUUCACAUCAUCUCGGCCAAAACUUCUCAAAAAUGUUUGAUAUCAGCUUUGAAGAUCCAGUCAAGGUUGGAGAGAAAGAAUUUGCUUAUCAAAAUUCAUGGGGAUUAACAACAAGAACAAUAGGCGUCAUGGUGAUGGUGCAUGGCGAUGAUAAAGGCCUUGUGCUGCCACCUAGAGUUGCAAAUAUACAGGUUGUUAUUGUACCCUGUGGUGUCACCGCAACUUUAGCUGACUCAGCACGACAAGCUUUGUUCGACAAAUGUUCGGAUUAUGUGAAAAUAUUGAUUUCUGCAGAUGUCAGAGCUAAAGCUGAUAUCAGAGAUAAUUAUUCUCCUGGAUGGAAAUUUAAUCACUGGGAAUUGAAGGGUGUGCCAAUCAGAAUAGAGGUUGGACCUCGAGAUAUGAAGCAAGGAGUGUUUGUUCUGGCUCGUCGUGACACCGGUGAGAAAACAACUGCCAAGGAAUCAGAUUUAGCUGCCACUGUCAAGACAAUGUUGGAAACAAUUCAGACUAGCAUGAAGGCAAAAGCAUCAAAAGAACUGGAAGAGAACAUGGUUGUUGCUGAUACUUGGGAUGAAUUUUUAAAGCAUUUGGACAAUAAGAAGAUUAUCCAAGCUCCUUUCUGUGGGGAAGAUGAAUGGGAAGAUUGGAUCAAGAAAAACAGUGCAAGGGACCAAGAUGUUGUUCCGGGUGCUCCAUCUAUGGGUGCAAAAAGUUUAUGCAUUCCAUUCAAGCCAUUGAAACAACUCGCACCUGGACAGAAAUGCAUCACUCCUUGCGGAAAACCUGCAAAAUUUUACUGCUUGUUUGGAAGGAGCUAUUAAUUUAGAUAAUUAUAGAAUUAUACGCUGAUAGCGUUUUGGUUUGGAUAGAAGCAAUUGUUGAUAUAUGUGAUAUUUGCUAUAGAAUGUAUGUUGGCUGUUGUAGGCUUAUUGCUUUCAAUUUAGAAUGCUGGUCAAGUUGGAGAUGCUUCAAUAUAUUUUUAGGAAAUUAGUAUAAUUAGGUUCUAAAAUUGUUCGCCAAAAUAUACUUCAAAUCAUGAUG